UACUUAAUUCAGUUCGUAGUUAACCAUCGAGUUGAAAGCGUGUUUUUUUUAAAUUUCAUUUAAUUUACCAUGGUGUUGGAAUUUACUAUCAAUGGAAAACUAUACCAGAUUAAUCCGAAAUGCAUCUCCGUUGAAACUUCACUGAACGCCUUCAUUCGUGACUGCGCACAACUUAAAGGAACAAAGUUUAUGUGCUUGGAAGGCGGUUGCGGCUCGUGUGUCGUAAAUGUAACGAAGAAACACACAGUGACCAACGAAACAGUAACAAAUGCCAUUAACUCGUGUCUCCUGCCGAUUUAUGCUUGCCACGGAUGUGAUAUUCUCACAGUUGAAGGAAUUGGGAACAUGAAGGAUGGUUACCAUCCUAUCCAAAAACGACUUGCUGAAUUCAAUGGUUCACAAUGUGGAUUCUGUUCCAGUGGUAUGGUGAUGAGCAUGUUUAGUUUGUUAGAAGCAAAUGGAGGAUCGGUAACCAUGCAGGACGUGGAGAGUGCACUCGAUGGAAACAUUUGCAGAUGUACUGGCUACCGACCGAUAUUGGAUGCGUUCAAGAGUUUUGCUGUGGACACCAGUGAUAGCACCACGAAACUAUGUCGAGAUAUGGAAGAUCUUGGAUCGGAAUCAAGCUGUUUGCAAGGGUCUUGUAAAGGAAUUUGUAUCAAUUCAGUAGUUGGGAAAGAACAAAAAAUGCAGCAAGUGCUAGAUAGAGAUGGGAAAGAAUGGUACAAAGUUUACACGAUUCAUGAAAUUCAAAACAUUUUUCAAAAAAUAGGCAGUAAGGCAUACAUGCUAAUCGCUGGAAAUACUGCUCACGGAGUAUACAGGAGAAGGAAUGACUUACAAGUCUUCAUUGAUAUUAAUUCUGUUGAAGAGUUACAUCAAUAUGAGAUAAAAGAGAACCUUGUCGUUGGAGCUAACAAUAGCUUAAAAGAUUUUAUUAGAAUUAUGCAUGAAGCAGUACAGAAAAAUGUAAACUUUCAAUACUUGAGAAAACUGAUCGAUCACGUGCAGAUAAUCGCAAACCAUUCAGUUAGAAAUUCAGGAACUUUAGCAGGAAACCUUAUGAUCAAACAUGAACAUUUAGAAUUUCCCUCGGAUUUAUUUCUGCUUCUGGAAACAGUUGGUGCAAAUUUGAUUAUAUUGAAUGAUAGUUCAACAACAACUGUGACACCUCAUCAAUUUCUACGUUUGGAUAUGACCAAGAAAAUAUUGUCCAGCAUAGUAAUUCCGCAGCACGAUCCUGCGUACAAUACUUUCAGAUCGUUCAAAAUCAUGCCUGUUUCCCAGAAUUCUAAAGCAUAUGUAAAUGCAGGCUUUUUGUUCAAAUUUUCAAAAUCAACUUUAAUUCCAGAAACUGUUACUAUUUGUUUCGGUGGAAUACAGCCUUCAUUCGUUCGUGCUUCGAAAACAGAAGCCUUCCUAAUUGGAAAACAGUUAUUGUCGAAUGAAACGCUGCAAGGCGCAAUACAAGUUCUUUCUACGGAACUUGACCCGGAUUAUGUCCUUCCAGACGCAUCACCAGAGUAUCGAAAAAAUCUUGCCCUGUCACUGCUGUACAAAUGUAUUUUGGAUAUUGCAAACAAAUAUCGUGUAAAAAUUGAUCAAAGAGUCAAAAGUGGUGCAACACCUUUAGAAAGAUCUCUUUCCUCAGGAAAGCAAACUUACGACACCUAUCCAAACAAAUGGCCUCUCACACAAAAUGUUCCCAAGCUGGAAGGCUUGAUACAGUGCUCAGGGGAAGCCGAGUACCGUUUUGUCUCAAAUUCCGAACAGACUCAUUGUUCGGAAUAUGAGUCAAAACGGUAUAUAAAUGACAUUCCAAAGAUGCCGAACGAGUUGGUUGCUGUAUUUGUGCUUGCGACUGAAAUCAACAGCCGAAUCAUAAAAAUUGAUGCUUCGAAAGCAUUGCAACUGGAUGGAGUCAAAGCUUUCUUCUCCGUUAAGGAUAUCCCGGGUAUUAAUAAUUUCAUGACUCUGGAACUAGGAGCUCCGCAAGUGGAGGAAGUUUUCUGUAGUGGUGAAGUGGUCUACCACAGCCAACCCAUCGGCAUUGUUGUAGCCGAAACAUCUGAAUUAGCUUCGCGAGCUUCCAGUCUAGUUGAAACAUUCUACGAAAAACUGCCUCCGAAAUCUGUUUAUCCAACGGUUUUAGAUGUUAUAGAAUCUGAAGCAUAUAAUCGUGUGUCGAACCUAGGGUUUGAUCGACACGGAGCACAAUUCAGGACAGCUAUAGAAGGACCCAUUAAAAUCAAAGGACGUCUUAAUUUACAAGGCCAAUACCACUAUACAAUGGAAACACAAACCUGUUUUUGUGUUCCGAUCGAAGACGGUAUGGAUGUGUAUUCAUCAACCCAAUACCCUGAUUUGGUCCUUUGUGCCAUUUCCCAAGUAUUGAACGUUCAACAAAACAGCAUAAAUUUGAGCGUCCGUCGAUUAGGAGGCGCUUAUGGAGCAAAGUCUACACGUCCUGCAUUGAUCGCGAGUGCUUGUGCAGUAGCUGCUAAGCUCACACAACGCCCUGUUAGAAUGGUUUUGUCAAUGGAAACAAAUAUGUCUGCCAUAGGUAAGCGGAUUGGAUGCCAUAGCUUAUAUGAAGUGGAUGUAGACAGUAGUGGAAUAAUCAAUAGAUUAGAUAAUACAUAUACUCAUGAUGGUGGAUCUAUUGUCAACGAAAACUUAGCGUAUCUAACAUCCGAUAUGUUCAAAAAUUGUUAUCGUACAGAUAAGUGGAAUCUCAUUGGUAAUGUUGCUCAAACCAAUGUUGCUCCUAACACGUGGUGUCGAUGUCCAGGAACAUCCGAAGGAAUCGCCAUGAUAGAAAAUAUUAUGGAACACAUUGCACACGUUGUUGGAAAAGACCCUAUGGAAGUUAGAAUGCUUAACAUGUCAAAAGAAAAUCCGAUGUAUCAACUAUUGCCGAAGUUCAGAAAAGAUGUAGGGUUUGACUCACGUAAAAAAUCAAUCGAUAAAUUCAAUGAUAAAAAUCGUUGGCGAAAACGAGGGAUUGCCAUCAUUCCAAUGGAAUAUCCUAUGGAGUACUCGGGCACAAGAAAUGCCCUUGUUUCUAUUUACCACAUAGAUGGAUCGGUUGCAAUCACCCAUGGAUCUGUUGAAAUGGGUCAGGGAGUGAACACAAAGGUUGCCCAAGUCGCUGCAAGUAUUCUUGGAAUCGCAUUAAACAAAAUCUCAGUCAAACCAACAACCACCUUAACAUCCCCAAAUAACAAUCCAUCUGUCCAUAGUAUAUCCAGUGAAACAGCGGCCUUUGCUGUGAAACGUUGCUGCGAGAUACUUUUGGAGCGCCUUCGACCAAUUUUGGCAGCAAAUCGUUCGGCCACAUGGGAGCAAAUUAUAAAUAGAGCAUUUGUUACCAACGUUGAUCUUACUGCUCAAUAUCACUAUCAGUCAGCUGAUCUCCAAGGGUACAUUAUAUGGGGUUGUGCAUGUGCUGAGAUAGAAGUAGACAUUCUUACCGGAAACGUACAAAUUCCUCGAGUUGAUCUUCUUGAAGAUGUAGGAGAGAGCAUGAGCCCGGGGAUCGACAUUGGACAGCUAGAAGGAUCAUUCAUCAUGGGACUGGGGUAUUACCUGACGGAAGCAUUGGUGUAUGACAAUUCCAAUGCAAUGCUAGUGAAUAAUCGUUCCUGGAAUUAUAAGGUCCCAGGCGUGAAAGACAUUCCCAUUGAUUUCCGAGUACACUUUCUGAGAAAUAGCUCUAACCCACAUGGAGUAUUACGGUCUAAGGCCGUUGGAGAGCCGUCAUUCAGCAUGACACCUGUGUUGACCUAUGCGUUGAGAUAUGCGCUAAGAUCUGCUCGACGAGAUGCAGGGUUGCCGGACGAUUGGAUUCCGAUAGGAUCUGGUACAACACCGGAAAAGAUAUUCUCUCUAGCCUCUUGUUCAUCUGAUCAAUACAAGCUCUACUGAAGAUAAUUAGAAUAAUUUAUUUCAUUAUUUACACCAAGGAUUUGUAUUGUACUGCAGGAGGACCACGGUAUCUCAAUUUAUGUACACUGCCAUUACAAGUAUGUUUC